UGCCCGCCCGGCCGCUGGGGGGCGCUGCGGCGGCGGCGGGGGGCGGAUCCCGAGUUUUGGCGGUCGAUCCGUCUGUCCGCCGGCGCUCCUGCUGCGCCUGGGACCCUGGGGAAGGACAGAGCCCAUCUCCCCCCCUCCUGUUUGGACAAAAAGGCGGUCACCGGCUUCAGGCGCUCCCCCGUCGCCGAGCUGCGCGGCGGAACGUGGCCGAUGCUGCCCGACCGGCGCUGAUGGUGUUGCCGGGCCGAGUGCUGUUCCAGGCAGUGUGUGCAGGAUGAUGGAAGACUUCAGGAAUAUCGCCGACGAAACGUUCCCGAGCUACUUGGGCCAUUCCUUGAACAGCAGCGCGAGUGUCGUCUUUGAGAAUGUCACCGUCUCUUCCAACCCGGGGUUACCUGUGGCGGCCUCCACUGUUGCCAGGAGCCAAGAGGGCGGUGACAACAGGCUUCCUGAUGAUUGUGCGUCCUAUUUGGAAGGAAAACAUUCACCUCUAUCAGGAUCUUCUCGCAGCAGUCAGUCACAUCCUGAGCCAGUGGAAAGAUUUUCCCUCUGCUUUCGUGAUGACGUGGAAAUUGCUACACAAAUUGAAGAGCCUCAGCCGCCUUGUGUUAAUUUGAAAGAAUUCCACUCAAUAUAUGGAAAGCAACCUCAGAAUGUCACUGAACAUUCAAAUCAUGGUCAAAGUACCUUACGUGAAGUUUUGCCUCUUGAGCAAUUGGAAGAUUUGCCAACUGGAAUACGUUUUCUCUCAGGCAUUAAGAACAGCAAGGUUGGUCCAUCUGAACCUUCUGAAAAGCUGGUAGAAGGUGCUAUCUCAAGUGUUCAGCUUAGCAAUAGCCUUUCAAGUUUUUUGGAGAAUGAGAAACUCUCAUCUUUUCUAAGCACAGAUGAAGAUUCCACUGGUGAUGAGAUUGAUGAUGAAGAAUUUGACAACCAACUAGAAGCGUAUUUUGAGCAGCUGAUACAACCAGAAAUAAGAAGAGAUUCCAAUCUACAAAAACUCUCAGAAUGCUGUGCGGCACUGAAGCUUUCUGAAAAUGUCUUACUACAAGAGAACUUUCAGGAUUCUACCAGUUAUGGGGCUGUGACUGGAGCAGACUCUGGAAGUGCUAGUGAUGAAGAUUCACAAAAUAAAGGAAUAACUGGAUGUCCUGUGCAAAGAGAAGUGCUGCCCAGAGCAGUGCAGCAAAUGAAUUCCAUGACUGCUGGGGAUGUGCUGGAUUCCUGCAUAGCUGCUGCAUUGCCAUUAGAUUCCCUGCAUUCCCAGUGUAUGGACAGCCAUAAAGCUGAUGUCUCAGAUGUCCUUCCAAAACAAGAAGUAGAGUCCUCUGUCUGUCAGGCUGCUUCUUCUGAUGCAGAAGUGCUACACACAGCAAGAGGAUUUUUGGGACAUGACACCACUCCUGAGGUUCUUAGUGCAAAUGCACCACAGGCAGAUGCAACUCAAUGUAAAGGUGGUCUUCCUGAUACUUACCUGUCUCCAGCUGGGGACAGCUGUGAGAACUUAAGUUUAGCUACAACAGACAAAGGUGAUUUACCACACAGCAUUGUCUAUCAAAAUGAGGAGGGCAAAUGGGUGACUGAUCUUGCAUAUUAUACUGCAUUUGAUGAAGAACAACAUUUAAAUAUGUCUGAAGAUGAUAAAAUAAAUGAGGAGUUCGUUACUGGCUCUGAAGCAGCAGCUAUGAUUGCACAAGACCAGGAAGAAUUUGAGAAAGCACACAGGCUUAUUCAGGCAGGAAAGGUAGGCAGUCCAAAUGCAAAUGAACUAGCAAAUACUUCAUGGAGAUCUGCUAAUAGCUUCAUUUUGUCAAGAACAUCUGAUCUUCAUAAAGAUGCCAGCUAUUUACGUUUGUCUUUGGGGGAAUUCUUUGGUCAGAGAUCCGAAGCUCUUGGAUGUCUCGGUGGAGGCAGUGAUGUGAAACGGCCAUCUUUUGGUUACUAUAUUACGUCCCCAAAGAAAAGGCAGCCUGUUCCUUUGCUAAUGCGGUCUGGUUCAUCAGGAGGUGACAUCGGCGAAGAGAUUUCACAGUUGUCUGAGGUGUUUUCAGGUGGCUUAGAAGCACAAACAAGAGAACAUGCAAAUUUUACCAACUCUGAAGGUUCAGGGCAUAGGGCGGAUAAAGCUGCUGGAAUACAUGAAAAUAUUAAUACAGAAACUGCCACCAAAAUUAAAGCAAAGGAUGGACUUCAUAAAGGCAAGUUCGAGGAUAGCUUGUCUAAUAAUUCUGACUCUGUCUUGAGUAUCAGCACAAUUGCAAAUGCUAUUGCUAAUGCUUCCUCCAGUGCUGAACCUUCCCAGCUAGCUGCUAUGAUGAUGGCACUCUCCAAUAAAAGUAAAAGAACACAUGUCCUACCUGGAGUUGUUAAAGAGGCUGAACUCUCUGCUAAUGAGAUAUUAUCCAGAAAUGAGGAAAAUAGCGCAUUUGAUAUGGAAAAAUAUCUCAAAAAAACAAACGAGAACAGAUAUGAAAGUGAAUAUGAGAGUGUCAUGAAACAUGAAGCAUCUGUCCAGAACCUUACAUCUGAUACCUUUUUACUGGGUAAAGAUAAACAUAAGUAUGCUCUUGUAGAAGACUGGAUGAAUCAUCAUAGCAAAGAGCAGGGAAUAGAGAAGCGAUUGCUUGAUUUUCUUAAUGAAGAAAGUGACAGUCAGAAUUUUUCUAGUCUGUCUGGUAUUCCCAGCCACGGAGAUGUAAUUGCAGAUAACGUUCAAUGUUCAGAGAAGUUGUCAGAUUUGGUAAAUAGUAAACAUUUACAGUCAAUGGAUGCUGAUAUUAGAUCAGAGACACUUAAUGAAAACAAAGCCCACACAUAUGGAAUUCUCUCAGCAGCAAAAAUGGAAGUGGAACAGCGAAAUCUGCUUGCGUACCAGAACAGCAAUCUCACUAAUACAUGUAGUAUAGGAGCAGGUAGAGAAUCAGUAGAUCAAGCAGCAAAUGCUGUUCCUGAACCAUGUAAUGAUUUGGUGGAGGGAAGUGCAGGAAAUACUCUGUCCCUCAGCAACUUAAGACCUGCCAAGCAAUCUAGUAAAUAUGUCUCAGUAAGUCCUACAACAGCCAAGCCUGUGCAGAAAUUGAACAAUGAUGAGAGGAAGCAAAAUACAGAGAAGAGAAGCAAGGAUGCCAGUACUCCUGGUAGGGGGAAUGCAAAACAUGUAACUUUUGAGAAGCUCUCCCCAACUUUCCAGAAUAGUACUGAGCAUAAAUCCAUUCUACCUGAAUGUGACUUAACUCGGGAGGGUGAGCAGUGUAGCUUCAGACCUUCAACUUCACCUCUCAUUCACUCUUCUCCUAGUGAGACUUCUGGAACAGCGUUUUCCGGGUCUGAAGUGGACUUUACUUGCCCAUCACAUUGUCAGGAAUCUCCGUGCAAAGAGAAUGUGGUACCUCAGUCUGUUUAUUCGAGUCCAAGCAUGAGCAGGUUAACCUAUGUCUCUGCAUCUGGCAGUACCUGUAAGAACUCAGCAGUGAUACAUAGUCCAGGGACAUACUGGGGUGAAGAUGCGGCUGAACUGAGCACAACAAUAAUACAGGCCAGCCCAAUUCCUCCUCAGGAACAUAGAAAAGAAAAUCUAGAAGACCGCUCAUGCCAAAGAAACAGAAAAGAAGCAGUACUUAAUAUUGACCAGAAACGAGAAGAAAAUGAGCUUGCUGGUUUUCAAAGAAAACCUCAUAAUAUACUGGACCAGGAAGUGCUCAAAGAAGGUUUUCUGAAGAUGAAUCAGCUUCCCUUUAUUCCUUCAAGUGGACCAGCAAAUCAUGAGGACCUACACCAUAUUAAAUCAGCUUUACCAAGUAAACUCUGCACCUUUCCGCCACUUUCUGUCAACGUUGAUGCACAGGAAGUGUGUCAGGAUGAAACAAACAAAGCACAGAGACAAGGAUUGCCAUCUCAUAAUGUAUUACCUCUUUAUUCUGGAUUAAACACCUGUUUGCCAUGCAAUCAAAACUCAUCUGGUGAACAUCAUGUUCAUAUAUCCACUGUUAAAUCCCAUGUCACUACCUCUGAGAGUCAAGCAAUUUCUUCUUCUGUCCCCACUUUGCUUACAGGACAUUGUCUUGCAACAACUCCUUUUGCACAACAGCAUCUGGGAACUAAACAACCUACAGGAAAUGCAGUUCUGUCUCAGUUUCAUGGCUGCAGCUCUGCAGGUUUUGGCCUUCCAGCUGGGCUUCCUUGUUCUGGUAUCCCAGCAGGACACAUUGAGAAUCCACUUAUGUUAGGAAUUCCUUUAGGUCCAAAUAUUGGUCCUGGCUUUUUGGGUGCAGCUUCACUUUAUAAUCCACACAGUACUUCAUGGAAUAAUAAUAUCUUAAAUAUAAAACCAUGUACUGGACAACCUCUUGGAGCUGGUGGAAGGGAUUGGGAGUUAUCGAAGUCACCUGGUAUUGGACAUAUAAAAGUACCAGAAGAACUGAAGUUCCCUAAUGCCUGUUGUGUGGGAAUUGCAUCGCAGACAGUUCUUAGUGUUUAUAAUCCAGCUGACCGGUGGUUGCAGGUCAACAUUGGAAUACGCAGUGUUUCAGUUAAUGGGGAAAAGAUGGAUCCUAUGAAAUAUCAAUGUCUGGUUUUCAAGAACAAAACCAUUGUAGGACCCUACUCUACCAACGACCUGAAAAUACUUUUCUUGCCUUCCCGUUCGGGGAUCUUCCAGUGUAUCCUCAAUGUUUCAUCUUGGCCAGUUUCUGCAGAUGCCGAGACAAUUGUUCAGUCAGAAGCUUUGGCCAGCAGGGUAGUUCUGACAGCAGUUGCUGAAAAUCCUAAUUUAGAAGUGGAAGCAGGAAAAGGAGAUUGCCUGGAUUUUGGUGACUUGUCUUUUGGCAGUUUGAAGGCUCUUCCCCUAAAACUUAUCAACAAAACCCAUGCUUUUAUGCCAAUUAGACUUAUUAUUAACGCAAAUGCAGUAGCCUGGAGGUGCUUCACCUUUUCCAAGGAACCUGUUAAUACUUCUAAUGAACAAAUGGAUGCAGUUUCUCAGACAGCAGCUCCAUCAGUUGUAAAUCAUGUGAUACAUGCAAGCUAUGAUGGGCAAGAUCCUGAAGCUUUAACAGUUUGGGUUCUGUUCCAUGCACCUAAGAAACAAAUUUCUUCUUCAGAUUCCUUGGGUCCAGCAGAGGAGUUCCUGGCAAGAGUGGAUGUCGAAGUGGAUAGUCCAGGACCAAGCACUACGAUUAAAAGUAUUUCUCUCAGAGCAAGAGCUGGAACAGCAAGGAUACAUAUUCCAAAGCACUUAGAGAAAAUACAUCUUUCUACUAGUGUGGGUUCAACAGUCAAGCAGCAGCUGCCGUUGGUAAAUGCUGGAAACAUUAGUGUACAUUUGAAAGUUAAGACAUCCGAUCAGGACAGCUGCUUUGCUGUUGAACCUGAGGACCUUUUCCUUUUUCCCGGAGAAAAACAAGUAGUGACUGUCCAAUUUUUUCCAAAAAGCACAACAGCCACAGGAAGUAUCUUGAAAAUCUUUGUCCUGCCAUCUGGGCCUCAGUUUGAAGUGAUGAUAAAAGGUGAGGUAGAAUUUGGGAAAAACAGACCUGUGUCUACAGCUGCUGGGUUCUUAGACAUUCCACCCAUCCUCUCCAACAAGCAGUUCAUUACCUGGGGAGCAGUAUCACUUGGAUCAUCAGUACAGAAGAUGUUAAUUCUAAGAAAUGACUCUCCAUGUGUGACCCAGCAUUUAAGACUGUUGAUAAGAGGCCAGGAUCAAGACUCCUUUCAGCUGCGGAGUAUAUUCGGGUCAGAACAACGCUUAACCAGUAACUGGGAGCUCAGAAUGCGUCCCAAAGAUGAUACUAACAUAUACCUGAUGUUUACACCCACACGAGUAACUUGCUGCUUUGCAAAGCUGGAAAUCAAACAGCUGGGGAUUCGAUCAAAGCCAGGAAUUAAGUUUACUAUACCAUUAUCUGGAUAUGGAGGAACAAGCAAUAUAAUUUUAGAAAACGUUAAAAAGUUGUCAGAUAGCUUCAUGGUUACACUGGAAGGAUCAUUGUCUGCAAGAUUACAGAAAACUUCCUUCCACGUGAGAAACACAGGUUCCCGGGCUGCCUAUGUUAAAGCACUGUGCUUAGAAAACCUGCAGACAAAAACAGUGAUGGAUCCUCAGGUUAUGACAGUGUCUCCAGAGAAGUUUGUACUAAGAGAAGGAACACAUGAAGUGAUUACUGUAAUAUGGAAUCCAAUGGAAGAGAACUUCCAUCCAAACACGUUGGUAUCGACACUAUGUCUUUUUUGGGGAGAUGAAGUUUCUAGGCAGCAGUAUCGCAGAGCUGUGAUGUAUAAACCUGAGGUAGAAAAACGCAUAAUCCCAGAAAACAACUUAGUGAGAAACGCUGUAUUUGAUGAAGAAUUUCAAGGGGAGCAGCUUGUGACAGAAGUAUGUGAUGUCCCACGAGAGACAAACGAUAUCCAUCUUUUCUAUGCAAAUAUGCAAAAGAUUCUCCUUUCUGUGGUUGGAUAUUCCACUUGUGAUCAGGAUGGCUUUCAGCAGUCUCCUGGACCCCAAUUGGAAUUGGACAGAUUGGAGAACUUUGUCAGACAUACCACUUCACCUUUGGACGUUCUUCCUGUUAAAGGACCUCAGGGUACUUCUUUAUCUGCGAAAACUAAUGAUCUAGUUCAGAAUAAAUCAGAUGCUCAACAGACUUGGGCUGUUACACCUGAGUAUUUGACUUUGACACCUCCUUCUAUUGGUGAAACAGCAGAUAUUAGACAUGUAGAAAUUCUCAACAAUUCCAAUCAAAUGUUGACGUUUGAACUUUCAUGGCCAGCUCACUGCCUUACUGUAACCCCACAACAUGGAGAUGUUGAACCAGGGGGCAGUACAGUAAUUCUGGUGAGUCCUAAUCCAUCACUUGCCACAAGGUCCGCAUUAAUUCCUUGGAGUGGCCUAAUCUAUAUCCAUUGUGAUAAUGGACUAAAGUUUAUUAAAGUGCUUAUUCAAGAGGCUGUCACAGAGAAUGUCUCUGGAUCAGACUUUCCAUGUAGAAGAUGUGAUAUAAUUACUCCACAGUCUGAAAAUCCUACUGUUGAUGUGCCAAAGCCUCUCCCCAGGCUCCCUCUAACAGAAAUCGACAUAAAGAACAGAAACAUUGUUUUUCCUAAAACAAGACCUGGUCAAAGCUCAGAGAAUUACCUGGAAAUGGAGAAUAAAGGGAAUGAAAAUCUAAAGUGGAAAUUGUCGUCUUUUGCACCACCCUAUAUUAAAGGUGUGGAUGGAAGUGACACUGUUUCUAGGGUUCCUUACGCUGUUUUCAGAUUUUCCAAAGUUUCUGGUACUCUCGAAGGUCAUGGACAAGAGAAGGUUGCUGUAAUUUUUUCACCUAGAGAUAAAGGAGAUUACUCCCAGUUCUGGGACUUUGAGUAUUACUCAGUUGGAAAUACAAGUAGGAAACAAAAAUUAAAAUUUUACCUUUCUGGAAAUAGUACUGAAGCAGAAAAUGAAACACAAGUUGUGAAAUCUUCUCCAAGUGUCCUUAAAAAAACUGAGCUUCCAGUUACACCAGAAAGGAAAGCUUGCUCUGAAGGACAACCAAAAACAAUAAGACAAAAAGAAGUCAUUCAAGGAGUAUAUGUGUCAGAAGACAUCUACGUGUUUCCUCUAACCAGAGUUGGGGAAACAUGCACAUUAAAGGUCCGCUUGCGGAAUAACUCCGAUGCAACACACAUGCUGAAAUUUGUAAAGCCCAGGGAGCCUUUCUACAUCAAGCACUUGAAAUACUCUAUAAGAUCCUCUCAUUACAUCUCUGUGCCAGUCCAGUUCAAGCCAAAGGCAGAAGGAAUGUUUGAAGAUGUCUUCCUUGUGUUGACAAGCAAAUAUGACCCAAUUACUGUUCGGCUAUAUGGUAAAGCUAUUGCAAAAAAAUAGAACAGUUUUAACUGUUUAUAAAAAUUUAUAACUGUUCAUAUAAUUUAAAAUAUUCAAAGAUUUGCUACGACAUUUUCCAUACUAAUGUCCUACUUGUUUUGCCCUGUGAUGCUGCUUUGAUGAAAAGUCUUCUGUAAGAUAAAUUAUGGUGCUUGUUUCACAAAUCUGUUUUGAUAGUAAAAACAUUGAGAAAUAACACUGUAUGUUGUAAAAUUAUAAUUUUAUAAUUUAUGUUUCUGCACUUUUAAAGCAAAUGGAAGUUUUGUAUUUUUGCAUUUAUUAGAAAUAGCUAAAUACUGAUUUAUUUUAAACAUUGUAAAUUCAGAAAUAAAAUCUAUUUGUAAACAGUUGAUUCUACCUGAUUUCUGUCUGUUUUAGAGGAUUCUUAGAUGUACGUAAGGGAUCAAGCUGCCUUUUCUUAGGAAACGCUAAAUUUCUGGGGGGCUAUGAGGGAACGGGUGGGCAUAUUGCAGUCCAGAAGCUGACCUGUUAAUAUCACGUUUCCAUGAGGUAAUGCUGGCAUCUGACAAUCAACCCCUAACUUUUUACACAGUUCACUGGGGCAGGCAUAAGCAUUGUUUUUAACUCUAACAGAGUGAAAACAAUGUAAAUUUUAACAUGACCAAUAGUGCCUUUAGCCCUCCAGAAUUAUGCAUCUUACCCAGUAUUCUGUCUCUGAAAGUCACACAAAGAUGAUGUUGCUUUGAGAAAUUAUGUAAGUCUGGCUGCUUACUGGUUCAAUUCCAUUUACUCAGUAUCUGCCACCAGAUGAAUAAGGAUGGGAAGUAGAAUUCCACCUAUGCCUUUUCUUUGCAUUUAUUGGCCUGUUUGUGAAUUGGCCUGUUCCCAUUUUUUAAUCCUUUUGACACUAUUUCCACAGCUUCAUGUGGUAGCAGACUCUAAAAGUUUACUGUAUGCUCUAAGAAAUUUUGUUUUUUUCUGUGAUAAACUGGACUAUUUCUGAUUUAAUUGAGAAGUGUCCAGUUCUUAUAUUAUAGGAGUCAUUGAACAACAGUUCCAUCAUCCCCUUACCCACUAUUGCCAUGUUGUAGAAUCAUGGAGUAGUUUGGGUUGGAAGGGAACUUUAAAGGUCAUCUUGUCCAGCACCCCUGCCACGGACAGGAACAACUUUAACUAGACCAAGUUGUUUGGAAUGCAAUUUAAUCUGACCAGAAAUUUUGUUUCUAUGGAUAGGACAUCUUCCACUGCUCUGGGCAACCUGUUCCCAGGAUAUAAUUGGCUUUCUGUGCUCCAAGUGCACAUUGCCAGCUCAUGUGCAGCCUCUUGCUCACCAAUACCCCCAGGCUGUGCUAGGCAGGGCUGCUCUUGGUCUGUUCAUUCCCAUGAAUGAUGCUGGGGGUUAUCCCAGCCCCUUGCACUUGGUCUUGUUAAACCUCAAGGCACUGCCAUGUGCCCACUUGUUGAGCUUGUCCAGGUUCCUCUAGAGCCUAUCCCAUCCUUCAGGUGUGUCAACUUCCCUGCUCAGCUUGGUGUCUGCAAACUUACUGAGGGUGCACUUGAUCCCUUCUGUAUCAUUAAUGAAGAUACUGAAUAACACUAGUCCCAAUAUGGACCUUUGAGGGACAGCACUUGUCACUGGUGCCCAUUGGGACUCUGAGCCGUUGAUCACUACCCUCUGGACGUCACCAUCCACCCAAUUUCUUAGCCAGUUGACAGUCCACCCAUCAAACCCAUCUCUCUCCAAUCUAGAGAAAAGGAUGUUGUCAAAGGCUUUAAAAAGUUGAGAUAACAUUUGUAACCCUUCCCUUUUUCACUGAUGUAGUCACUCCAUGUAGAAGGCCAUCAGGUUGGUUAGACAGGAUUUCCCUUUGGUGAAGGGUGCUGCCUGUUUCAAGUUGCCUCCCUGUCCUCCAUGUUUUUAGCAUAGCUUCUAGAAGGAGCUGUUCCAUGAUUUUUGCAGGCACAGACAUGAGGCUGAUGUGUCAGUACUUCAUGGGCUCCUCCUUUCCACCCUUUAAAAAAUGGGUGUAAUGUUUGCCUUUUUUUCAGUCACCUGGACUUCACCAUGUUGACUUUUCAAAUAUCAUAUUGUUUGUAGCCUUUGGCUCUGUCUUCUAUUUUAUUUUUGUAGCAUGCAUGGCCAAAGUUGCUUUAAGAUAGAAGUGCAGGUUUUUGACAGCAUUGUUCCGUUAUAGCAUAUGUACAUUAUUCCCUUCUUCAGGUUGGUAGGAGUGUGAAUGAAAUUUGUUUUAGUAGGAGGUUGUUGGUUUAGCAGCAUUUUAAAUAACUGAAAUGUGAAAAUGCAGGGUGGAAAAACUUGGAGUACCCUCUGCGUUGCCUUUGGUACAUACCAUCAAUGUUAAGUAAAAGGCUGCUGUUUCUCAACUCUGAAAACCAGGAAGGGCAGAUUUAUUAAAAUAAAUUAAACUAGAAAUGAGAGGUCUUGUCACCUCCUUAUUCUCCCAGUAUGAAAGUUCCUGUCUGUGAGAUACUGUGACCAUGCUCCUUUUGCCCUCUUUCUGCCAGAUGUUUCAUGUUUCCUUAAUUGAUGUGAUGCCUGUGUACUUCUGAAUACACAAUUGGAAUAGAGGGAAUCUUCUGUCUCCUGCCUUAGCUCGACAGGCUUGGCUGCUUCAUUUGAGAAAGACCUUAGUGUACAAAAGCCUACGUCUGAUCAGUUUUAGAAGCACAAUUGGAAGUCUCUUCUAGAGCUGGAAAAAAGAUUUAAGCUGCCUUUGAAUUACAGUAAGAAGCCCUGACUUUGGAUAAUUAAGUAUUUGGUGUAAAUUCAGAAUUGUCUUUGUGUUCUGUUCCUGUGUUAGGCCUGCUAUCUGUGACUCUGUUCACUCUUCUGCUAUAGACUUUUCUUGAGUUCUUGAGCCGAGAAGAAUUGGGAAGAAUGGUUAUGUGUUUUUUCCUAUGUUUUCUCCUGGUUUGGAUGUAAGCAAGGAAAAGGGUGCAGAAUGUGCUGCUGUGGAUACUCCGGUGAACUAUGCUUGUGUGCAUAAAUAUGUAAAUAUAUACAGGUGAAACACAUCUAAGUAUGAGCAAAUGACCUGUCCUCAUAAUGCAGGGGAAUCCUGAUUUGUAGGUGAUGUGAAUUAUUUUGGUACCUCUUUGCAGCCCACUGUGCUUGUUUCACUCCUAAUAAUGACUUUCACUUUCUUUGCAGUCACUUCAAACUGGUUCCAUUCCUACUUCACAAAAUGAGAUUGCUUCCUUUCCCCAUGGUUGCUUUAUUUAUAUUAUAAACUUCUGUAGGCAAGGCAAUAUUGCUUUGAUUUGUCCAGUGCUUACUGUGAAGAAGUCCUGAUUUCUGUAUACUUCUUUUAGGGAUACAGAAAAGUAGAACAAUUCUGUCCAGAAUUUGAUUUGAUUAAUAUUUUAAUCUGUAACAUUUUAAUAAAGUAAGCAGAAUUUACUUUAGGUAUAAUUCUUUUCUCAUUUUAUCUUUGACAGCUUUGAAACAUUUUUUCAAUUUUCUCAUGUUGCUGGCUGCAAUCUUUUAUCUCGGACUGGCAAGAUUGACUCAGACACCCCAAGCAGCAAACUUAAAAAUAUCCCAAACAAAACUGAAACUGUCUUUUUAAUUACAGUCAUCUUGUUGAUUUUAAGACCAAUCAGAGAGGAAAUUGAGAAAUAAAUGAUUUUUUAAAAUGCAUUAAGUGUCUAGCACUGAGGAUGUCUGUGUACCUGUUCAACCUAAUUGGGAUAUUAGUAAUCAUAAUUAUUCAAGAGCUUUGUAAAGUUUUCACAUCAUUGGCUACAAAUGGAGUUGUAAUACAUUCCAUACACGUGCUUCAGUGUGUUUUGGAGAUGGUUGCCCUGGAAUCUGAAACUAAUUAGCGUUCAGAAAACCUUGUAUAGGUGCAUAUCACGGUCUGGCUGUCUAGAAGAUUAUUUUGGUUACAUAAAAGCUUAAGAUGGUAAAGAAAAUUUUAUGAGUGUUUUUUGAUACAUAAAGUAAAUUACUGGGGGCCGUGCUGGCCUUUUGAAAUAGAAUUCUAAGUACUCUGGGUACUUCUGUUGUAGGAAUGCCUGAUAGGUAAGAUGCUGAUAUAUUCUUGCUCCUGUGACUUGUGGAGGAGUUGUGGGGUAACAAAGUUCACUGUGAUGUUAGUAGGUUAUGUAUCUUACGUAUGUGAAGUUAUCUUGGUCUACCUUGUUUCAAAAAAACCUCCAGGUAACAGAAGUUCAUGCCUUACUGCUUUCAUUGUAUAGCAUAAAUGAAGAAUAUCCAUCUUUUUAUCAGAAUGACGAGCAUCAAAUAUUUGGGUGAAGGAUCCACCUGCCUGUCAUGAUGCCUCAUAUUCAGUAAGAAAAGUGACUGUUAAUAAUUUUUUAAGUGAUAGUAUUUGCAUCAUACCAAUUUUCUCCCCAAAUUUCCAGUUAAGUAGAAUAUUGUUUCUAGCUUCUCAUUUGAAAAUUUGAGUUGGCAUUAACAGUAGAAAAUAUUUUCCUCAAUGUUCUUAUAACAGUAAUACUUUUUUGGCUUUUGAGCACUGCAUUAGUUCACUGAUACAUCAAGUAAUGUGGAAUCUGCCUUACAGGUUCCUAUGGAGUGGUAAUUUCAAGUACAGAAUAAAGAGGUAUUGCAGGCUGGACCACAGUGGAUUAAAAAUUUUCUUUAGACGUUGUAUUAAUUUGCUAAAACUGCUCCUGAAAUAUUUUCAAAUUUAAUGCAAUGCAAUCUGAACUAAUAGGAUAAGCACCUAACUUGCAGCUUAAGAAGUUAAGACAGACAAUGAAAAUUCUGCUUUCGAUAACUGUUUGACCACAAAGCUUACCUAAGCAUAUCCCUCAUCCUGGAUGUUUUAGUUUUGCUGUAUGAUUGUUGGAGGACAGUCUUACAUGAGCAGUUUUUAAUGUAAUAUUAGAUGGAUAUAAGGCACUGGGAUUAAUUUUCUCUAAAUAUUAUCUGAUCAUCUUUGAAAACUGGAUGCUUGGGUGGUACUUCUCUAGACAAUUCCUACAUGAAAAUGCUUUUUUGAUUUUUGCACCUUCUUCCUGAUUCUAGGAAUAUGUAAUUUCUAGAGCUGCUCAGAAGCUCUGAAAGAUGCAACUAAAUUGUUUGUUAUGAGUAAUCAUCUUUAUCCCUAUUCUCAAAAUUCUCAUAGUUGUUUUUUUUUUUUUUUUCCAUGGGGGAAAAAAAGGUAGUCAGCGCUGACAAGCUGAAGCUUUUAAAGUAUAAAUACUACUUAAAACCAUGGAAUUUUAAAGUAUAAGACUCUUUAUAAAGCACUCUAAUAUUUUUCCUGAUUAGUGUAUUCAUUACUGCCAUUGUACUUGGAAACUAUUUGUAACACAAAUUCAUGUCUUUAUGGCUCAAAAUGCUGAAUUCUGAGACGGUUUGUCCUUGAUUCCAGGGGCAGUUUGUUGUCUGGGAAUGACGUUUUCAGGUAUGUCUUUCCUCACAGACUCUCAUCUAUAGCCACCUGCCUAAAUCUGACACUUCAGCACCAGCUGGGAGUUAUGACCCAGAGAAGCAUAAAAGGGCUGGAGCGAGACAAAAUGAUCCAUCAAGUCCUGCUUGUUUUCAGCAAUUGUGUGAAAAUCAGCUCAGAGUUUCAGUUUGUUCCUGUGGAUGCUAUCUAUCAAUGUUUGGAGACCAGGGCCUCCACAGAAAGGAACGACAAUGCCGAAACAGUGAACAAUUGUAAUUUAACCCACCUUUCCAGUAAAUCAUGUGUCAUCCUGUGGAUUGUCUGACAGUCUGUACGGUAGGUUUUAGGAAAUUUUAGUAUUGCAUUGUGUGUUUUACAUUUUCAUUGCAGUGUAUGGUACUGGAGUGGUUUCUUGAUUUAUUUUCUCUGUGGGAAAUACUGGUCACAAAGGCAAAGUAUUAAAAUGUCCUCCUCAUUUUGAUAUUGCUACAGCUUCUCACAGCUUUCUCUCUCUUCCAGUGUAAAUAAAGACAACAGUGUGGAGUAGACUUCCCAAAAUUCAAGAAUAUUUGGACCUUGUGUUCUGUUCCAAGGUUCUCUUGAACAAAUACACUUUCCUUUCUAAAUUGUAUUGCUGAAUGUCAGGGAACAAAAUUGUUAGGAAAGAUUAUUUAAUGAAAUCUAGAGAUUAUGUUACAAAACAAACUUUAAUGAACUAUUUAAGUUGAUUUUUAAUGGUUUAAACAGAUGUUACCUCUAAGAAGCUCUCACAAAGGUAUGACUUUUGAAGGCUUACCUUACGUAACUCAUGGUCUUGUAAAUGUGGCAUAUUUGCUGUGAAUAACCAUAGAGGAAAAGUUCUAACAGCAUUAACUUUUAAUGGUUUUAGUUUUAAAUUUUAAAACUAUGUCUCCACCAGCACCUUAGCUUUUUCUCUAGGGAGUCAAAAAGAAAGGAAAAUUUUAAUGCCCUUGGUUGUUGACAAUAGCUGAAAAAUGAAUAAAUAUUACAAGAAUUAAAUAACUAAAAGAAUUAAAUGAAAGUACAGAAGUGGUAGUAAAAGUAUAUGAGUUGUACUGUCCUAGUGACAAAACAGAAAGCAAGAUACAUGUGAACAGGAUGUAAGCAUAACCUGAGAUCAUGAGAUAAAGAUUCUUACCUGAUUUUAACUGUGAAAGCACAACCGUGAGCCUAAAACUUACAUCUGGAAAUAAUGCUGACUUACAGACUAGGAACCCAUUGUGUAGUUGAGUGCUAAUUGAAGGGGUUUGGCAUUUUUAGAAAUCAAGUAAAUUAAAUGAUGGAAUGAAAUUUUGAAAGCACUUGCAUACCUGGAGCAACAGUUGGUGCUUAAUCUCACCAUUUGCAUGUAUAAAUCACUUAAUGCAGGCAAAUUUUUGAUCCCCCAAAACUCAUUUGCUGCUCCUUCACAACUGCAUAACUUUUUCUGGGGUCAGUCAAUCCAUGUUAGGCAGCUGGUGUAUGUUAGGAAGUUAUUUCAAAGCCUCUUGCAUAUGCUAACUAUUUCUUGCAUAGGCUCUAUAGUUUCUGUGUACCCCUCUCCACUGUGAUCACCCCUGGAGUCCUCAGAGGAAUUACUCCAAAGCUCCAGGCAUCCCUGUGUGGCCUGUAUGGAACUAGUCUGUUAGGAUUGUCAUUACUGCUGCCAACAUGAAAAGAUGUUUGAA